AAUGGCAUUGAGAGCUGUAUGUUUUAGUAUUGGAGGAAGGCAAAGGAGUUCAUGUAUGUUAUCGGUUCCACGAUAUCUGCAGCUCCAGCCUCAUCUUCAUCACUCUGCUCCUCGAAAGUUGACGUCAUCUCCAAUUCAUCAAUCUGGGUUUAAAUUUGGAAUAAGAGCGAUAAGUGAAGCGGCUGCGAAUCCUGUAGCUCCUAGUAAAGGAGAUGAAAGAGAGACAGCGCCUGAGAAUUGGAAGAUUAAGAUGCUUUAUGAUGGGGAUUGUCCACUGUGUAUGAGAGAGGUGAACAUGCUGAGGGAGAGGAACAAGAAUUAUGGGACGAUCAAGUUUGUUGACAUAAGCUCAGAGGAUUACUCUCCGGAGGAUAAUAUGGGGCUUGAUUAUAAAACAGUUAUGGGAAACAUUCAUGCCAUCCUCUCUGAUGGAACUGUAGUUACUGAUGUCGAAGCAUUCCGAAAGUUAUACGAGCAGGUUGGGCUCGGAUGGGUCUAUGCAAUAACCAAAUAUGAACCUAUUGGAACAAUAGCAGGUGCUGUUUAUAGUGUUUGGGCGAAGUAUCGUCUCCAAAUCACAGGCCGACCACCUAUAGAAGAAGUUUUGGAAUUGCGGAAGAAGAACAAGGGAGACGUAUGUAACGACAGAACUGAUUGUAAACUACCAAAAUAACUGCAGUUAUCAGGACGUUUAAAAGUUCGGCUUUUGGUUGCUUCCAUUUGCAAUCUACUAAUCUAAGUGUGAGCCACAUGAAAUAGUGGGGGACAUUCAUCAAGUGCAGGGUUAAAGAAUAGAAUGGGGAGUUGCUCUCUGCUUUUAAACGGCGUGUAAGAAUUCAUACUAUUCCUUGCUGAUCUCCAAGUUCAGAUGACUGGAACCAAACUCAUGCAUUUUCAUCCACAUGCAGUUACAGCAUAUGUAAACAGUUAAACAGACUGCUGCUUAAAACUCCUUGUACAUAUUGCAAAUUCUAAAUCGCAGAUACAAAGCAUUAGAAAUUCACUUGAGCAAAAUAGUUUUAUUUAGAACAAAA